GCCGCGCCCCUCACGCGCUCGGCACCGACCCGGUUGCGUUGCGUCCGUCCAAGCCUGGGGACGCCGUGCUGAUCUGGAUCUCGACACGGGAAAAACCGCAUCAGAUGCCGCGCGGGGCACUGACACGCACCCACAGGCCACAGGUGACGGACCCAACAACCCCCCGGAUCUCGCCAGGUUCCCCGCUCCUCCCUCCACUUGCGGGCCGCGGGGCGGGAUCGAGCCGGGACGGCGCACGCCAUGCACCCGUACACGAGCUGUGGCGUCGCGUCGAGCCCCCAACAUCAACGAGUGUACAAGUGAGCCAUCGCCGACGCACCAGCGAACCAGCGGCUGCCGCGUAGCCAUCGCUCGCCGCUGCCGGCUCCCGCUGAGCUUCUUAACUCGCUAGCUGACAACCCCUCGCGCGCACACUCCACUGUCCACUCGCUCGCUCACGCUCAGUGCUCUCACUUCACUGCCCACUGCUCGCCAUUACUGGGCUCACCCACCCCAGAUCUCAUGGCUCCCCAGCGCCGCCACCACGCGGCGUGCCUCCUCGUCCUCCUCGCGCUGUGCGCCCCGCCGGCCCACGGCGGCCGCGCGCUGCCGGCCAGGGUCAGCAAGGCGCAGGCGGCGGCGGCGGCGGCCAACGCGACGGCGACGGCGGACGAGUUCCUGGCGCCGCACAACAAGGCGCGCGCGGCGGUCGGCGUGGCCGCGCUGCGGUGGAGCGCGGACCUGACGGCGGCGGCGGCGUGGACCGCGUCCCAGCAGCAGAAGCAGAAGAACUGCGCGUUCGCGGACAUGGGCGCCAGCCCCUACGGCGCGAACCAGGGGUGGGCGAGCUACCGCGCGCGCCCGGCCGAGGUGGUGGCCUCCUGGGUGGCGCAGGGCAAGUACUACACCCACGCCAACAACUCCUGCGCCGCCGGCCAGCAGUGCGGCACCUACACGCAGGUGGUCUGGCGCCGCACCGCCGAGGUCGGCUGCGCGCAGGCCAGCUGCGCCUCCGGCGCCACGCUCACGCUCUGCCUCUACAACCCGCACGGCAACGUCAAGGGCGAGAGCCCCUACUAGCGGGCGGCCGGCGUGUCGGGCUGGUGGCGGCGCCUCUUGCGUUGGGGACGUCGCCGCCGGCGCCGGAGCAUGAUCGUCGUUAGAGUUACAAGUACGAUCUACCAGCUUCGUGUCUCUGGUUCAGUUAAGGAUGAUUUGUGUUGCGAACUUGUGGUGCCUAGAAUAACUACUGCUUAGAUAUAAGAAACUCAUGCGGUGGCGUGCCUAGCAUAUUGUGUGGAAAAUGAACUUGUCAUGUUCUCGGCGAGUCCCGACUUCCGAGGGUGAACUUGUUAUCGGACAAGAAAAUUGUUCUCGGUGGGUUGGAUUCAUGGCAUCUACGCAUGGCAGUCACCAGACUCACCACAUUUGUUUGCACUUGGAGACGUGCAUUUUUAAUGAAUAUGCAGACAUGAACUAAGUUGAAAA